AUGGAGCAAGAGCUCUUGUCGCUCCUGGCAGACACCCAGUCCGCCAGGGCUGAUACUAGAAAGGCCGCAGAGCUUCAACUAAAAAGCUUGUAUUCCAACGAAUCCUUCCCGAUCUCCCUCACAGCAAUUGCCUCCCAUGAGUCGGUCCCCGUCAACCUCCGCCAGUCCUCCUUGUCCGUGCUUCGCACCUUCAUCGCCGCCUCCUGGUCCCCGGUCCUUGACGAAUUUAAAGGCCAGAUCCUCGUGAAUGAUGCAAAUAAAGCUCAGAUCCGACGUGCGCUCCUCGAGCUAGCGACCACUACCGAGACUCCCGAGCGCAAGGUCAAGGCCUCUGCUAGUUACGCUGUUAGCAAGAUUGCCAGUGCUGAUUUUCCAGACGACUGGUCAGAACUUCUGCCGUCGCUGUUGCACAUCAUCAAUGAUUCCGCCACCACUGAUAAUGCGUUGCACGGCGCCUUGAAGGUUUUGCUGGAUUUGGUUGACACAGGUUUCGGCGAAGAACAGUUUUUCAAUGUAGCUCGUGAUCUGGUUUCGUCUCUAUUUGCCGUCGCUACUUCUGAGUCCCGGCGACCGAUGCUGCGCGCCCUCUCGGUCGCAGUCUUCCGGUCUUGCUUUGAUACUCUGGAGAUGGUGCUGGAGCAACACAAGGUUGCAAUUAAGCAGUUUGUGGACGAGCUUCUGGGCGGAUGGUCGCCAUUCUUUAUUGAGACUCUGAAGGCACCCCUCCCCCAACAGCCCAGCGAAGAAGAAGCUAAUAAGGGUGGUGAUAUCCCCUCGCAAUGGCGUGGAACUAUCGGCCUGAAACUUCAGAUCGUCAAGACCCUUAUGAAGAUUCGUAUGGUAUUCCCCGGUCUUCUGACAGCCCAGAGCCCGAACUUCUUCUCAACGAUCUGGACCGAGCUCACCAAUGCUUUGCCGAUCUACCAAAACUUCUUCAUUGAGGACGAACGUCAAGGGCGCCUGGAGGAUGUUGAUGGGCUCCCCUACUCACUUGAUUUCCUUGUUCUGGAGGAAUUAGACCUAAUUCAGACCCUAUUAAAGGCCCCUCCUGUCAAGGCCGAGCUGCAACAGCAACUUCAGAAUGCUGGUGCGGCAGCAAGCUCCUCCGGUUGGUUGCCUGAGAUCAUGAAGCUGGCUAGCUCCUACGCCCAAAUUACCACAGAAGAGGAAGGCCUCUGGGAGAUCGAUGUGAACCUGUUUUUGUCCGAGGAAACAUCUCUCACUGCUAACUACACUCCUCGUACCUGCAGUGGUGAUCUGGUAAUCAAGACAGGCGAAUGGCUAAAGGGAACGGCGGUAGAGGGACUCCUGAGCCACAUGAACACUGUAUUCGCGGAUUCUUCUGCCUCUUGGAAAUCCCGCGAGGCAUCUCUUUAUAUUCUCAAUUGUCUGCUUCGUGACUUUUCUGAGGUAUCUCAGCAAAUUUCACCAGAAUUGGCCCUACAUUUCAACCAAUUCGUGCACUAUGCAAUUCAGCAAGAGCAAGAGCUAUUACGUGCACGGGGUUACCUUGUGGCUGGUGCCUUGGCUAAAGUUUCAGGCGAUGCAUUCCAGCAGACUACUUCCUCGUACUUGGAGGCUACGUUGAAGGCCAUUGCUGAAGACCCCGCCGAGGUGGUCAAGGUAGCUGGCAUUCGGGUCCUGCAGGACCUCAUGCCGUCGCUGCCCGCCUCUGCAGCACGUCCAUUCCAGACCCCUGUCAUCUCGGCCAUCUCGGAAUUUGUUUCGGCACAUGAUCUGCGCGAAGAUGUCGAGAGUGAUGACCUCAAAGUCACCCUGGCCGAAACCCUUCGAGACACCAUCAUGACAGACCCGGCCAUUGUCUUGUCAUCGAUCGCCAUCGAUGUCCUGUUCAACAUUGCCAGCAGCGGGGCUGAAAACUUUCAACUGACCAUGACCAUUACGGAAGCCUUUGAGGAUAUUGUAGAUCAAAUUGCCGAGCAUGGCGCUGAGGCUUACAUGCGUCUUUGUGAGAAGGUGCUUCCAUCGUUAAUGGGUGCUAUUGACGUGGGUAAUUUGACCGAGGAGAAUGCUUUGACCAACUUCGCGGCCGACCUGCUUCGAGCUCUGGCCGAACGAAGCUUGGAGCCUCUCCCUGCUGGAUUUGUGGAUACCGUGAUGCCCAAGCUUAACCGCCUGCUAUUAGACUCUGAGGAGGCCGAGCUCAUCCGACCAGCAACAGAGGCAGUCCGCCACAUGCUUGCCCACGACUUUGCCCAAUUCAUUGCCUGGCGAGAUCCCCAAUCUGGCAAGGAGGCAAUCGAGGUCGUGCUCGUGAUCAUUGAUCGACUACUAGGGCCGGCUGUGGACGACAAUGCCGCCACCGAGGUUGGUCAGCUGGCCGCCGAACUGGUGGAGCGGGCUGGCUCGGAGCGCCUGGGCCCCUAUCUUCCCCAGCUGCUCCAGGCCGUGGCUCAACGGCUUGCUACUGCCCAACAGGCCCAAUUCAUUCAGAGCCUGAUCCUGGUAUUCGCCCGGCUAACGCUCAUUAGCGCGCGCGAAGUCGUGGACUUCCUCGCCCAGAUUGAUCUGGGUGGCUCCAGUGGACUCGUCGUGGUCCUGAGCAAGUGGCUGGAGAACUCGGUCAAUUUUGCAGGCUAUGAUGAGAUCAAGCAGAACAUCUUCGCGCUAGCGCAUCUGUACGAGCUCUCCGACCCGCGACUAUUAGGAGUGCCCGUCAAGGGCGACCUCAUCGUCCAGGAUACCGGUCGCAUCAAGACCCGGUCGCAGGCGCGCAACAACCCAGAUCGGUACACAACGGUUUCGGCACCUUUGAAGAUCAUUAAGGUGCUGGUGGAAGAGCUGGCGGCUGCCUCGGGCAACAAGGAGAUCGAUGCGGCUGCGGCUCGCGCACUUGAGGAUGCCGAUAGUGAUGAUGGGGAUGAUGACUGGGAGGAUGAGCCCGGUCAAAUUCUGGAUCUCGGGUUGGGCAUGACCAAGCAGGAGUUGAUGAGCUUUGGCGAAGGCGGCUCAGAGAGCGUAUUUGGGGUGCGACGCCGAGACGAUGAAACCCAGAGCUUCUUGGGAGAAUUUUUCCGACGAGCAUCCCAGCAACCUGGGUUCCAGGACAUUUAUGGAGCCUUGACAGUGGAUGAGCAGGUUAAGCUACAAAGCUUGAACUGA